GUAUCUUCAUAUUUUAAUGAUCUUUUGGUCAUUCGUGGCUGGUGUCGUCACAUUCUAUUGCUCAUUAGGACUAGAUUUCCUCUUCCCAAAUAUUCUUUUUACAAUAAGAUAUAAACCCAAGUUGGAACUGCAGGAACUGUUUCCCCAAGGUCACAGCUGUGCAGUAUGUGGCAAGGUCAAAUGCAAGAGGCACAGACCUGCUCUGGUUCUGGAAAACUACCAGCCAUGGCUGGACCUAAAAGUGCCUUCCAAGGUUGAUGCAUCUCUUUCAGAGGUGCUUGAAUUGGUGCUGGAAAAUUUUGUUUAUCCAUGGUACAGAAAAGUAACAGAUGACGAAUCCUUUGUAGAUGAGCUGAGAACUACAUUGCGGUUUUUCACAUCUGUAUUAGUUCGCAGAAUUCACAAGGUGGAUAUUCCUUCUGUUAUUACAAAGAAGAUGCUGAAGGCAGCAAUGAAACAUAUAGAAGUGAUAGCCAAAGCCAGACAGAAAGUGCAAAAUGCAGAAUUUUUACAACAGGCUGCUUUAGAAGAAUAUGGACCAGAGCUCCAUGCGGCUUUAAGAAGUCGAAGAGAUGAACUCCACUAUUUAAGGAAGCUUACUGAGAUGCUUUUCCCUUAUAUUUUGCCCCCAAAAGCAAUGGAGUGCAGAUCCCUGACAUUGCUCAUAAGAGAGAUAUUGUCUGGUUCUGUUUUUCUUCCUUCCAUGGACUUCAUAGCUGAUCCGAAUACGGUCAACCAUUUGCUUCUCAUCUUCAUUGAUGAUAGUCCACCAGAGAAAGCAACUGAACCUGCUUCUUCACUGGUUCCAUUUCUGCAAAAAUUUGCAGAGCCUCGAAAUAAAAAAACCUCUGUCCUGAAGUUGGAACUGAAGGAGAUCAGAGAAGAGCAAGAUCUCCUUUUUCGUUUCAUGAACUUCCUCAAACAGGAAGGAGCAGUACAUGUGCUGCAAUUUUGCCUAACUGUAGAGGAAUUCAAUGAUAAAAUUUUAAGACCAGAGCUAACAAAUGCUGAAAAGAAGUCUAUUCAUGAAGAAGUACAGAAAAUCUACGAAACGUACUGUUUGGAAGAAAGUGUUGAUAAAAUUAGAUUUGACCCUUUUAUUGUGGAAGAGAUUCAAAGAAUUGCUGAAGGUCCAUAUGUAGAUGUUGUGAAACUUCAAACUAUGCGAUGCCUUUUUGAAGCAUAUGAACAUGUUCUUUCCCUCUUAGAGAAUUUUUUUGCACCUAUGUUCUGUCAUAGUGAUGAGUAUUUCAGGCACCUCUUAAAAGGAGCAGAGUCCCCAGUUCGCAAUUCAAGAACUAAUAGAGGUAGCCUGAGUUUCGAUGAUUUUCGGACCACGCAGAAAAGAGGAGAAACAUUUGCAAUCAGCAGAAUAGGCAGCAAAAUUAAAGGUGUAUUCAAGAGUACUACAAUGGAAGGAGCUAUUCUGCCUAACUAUGGUUUAGCUGAAGGAGAAGAUGACUUUAUUGAAGAAGGAAUUGUGGUUAUGGAAGAUGAUUCUCCUGUGGAGGCCAUUAGUACCCCUAAUACACCUCGUAACCUUGCUGCUUGGAAGAUUAGCAUUCCGUAUGUGGACUUCUUUGAUGAUCCCUCUGUUGAAAGGAGAGAGAGAAAAGAGAGGAUUCCUGUAUUUUGUAUUGAUGUAGAAAGAAAUGAUAGAAGGGCAGUUGGGCAUGAGCCUGAACACUGGUCUGUCUAUAGAAGAUACCUUGAAUUUUAUGUGCUUGAGUCUAAGCUAACAGAAUUUCAUGGAACGUUUCCUGAUGCUCAGCUUCCUUCAAAGAGAAUCAUUGGCCCAAAGAACUAUGAAUUCUUAAAGUCAAAGAGGGAGGAGUUUCAGGAGUAUCUACAGAAACUGCUUCAGCAUCCAGAGCUGAGUAACAGCCAGCUUUUGGCAGAUUUUCUGUCUCCCAAUGGUGGAGAGACUCAAUUUCUCGAUAAAAUGUUGCCAGAUGUAAAUCUAGGAAAAAUGAUAAAAUCUGUUCCAGGGAAGCUGAUGAAAGAGAAAGGUCAGCAUUUGGAGCCAUUCAUCAUGAACUUCAUUAACUCCUGUGAAUCUCCCAAGCCCAAACCAAGUAGACCAGAACUUACAAUUCUCAGUCCCACUUCUGAAAACAACAAAAAGCUUUUCAAUGAUCUGUUCAAGAACAAUGCAAACCGCUCUGAGAAUACAGAGAGAAAACAAAACCAGAACUACUUUAUGGAGAUGGUGACAGUAGAGGGAGUCUAUGACUACUUAAUGUAUGUUGGUCGAGUUGUUUUCCGGGUUCCUGAUUGGCUGCAUCACCUUUUGAUGGGGGGGCGAAUUCUCUUCAAAAACACAUUGGAGAUGUACACAGACUGUUACCUACAGUACAAAUUGGACCAGCUAUUUCAGGAGCACCGGUUGGUCUCAUUGAUAACACUACUAAGAGAUGCUGUUUUUCGUGAAAAUACCGAACCUCGCUGUCUCCACGAUAAACAGAAACGAGCAAAGCAAACCUUUGAAGAAAUGAUGAGAUACAUUCCAGAUUUGAUAUCCAAAUGCAUUGGAGAAGAGGCGAAGUAUGAAGGUAUCAGGCUUCUAUUCGAUGGAAUGCAGCAGCCGGUGCUUAACAAACAGCUGACUUAUGUUCUAUUGGAUAUCGGGAUACAAGAAUUGUUCCCAGAGAUCAAUAAGGUGGCUGACUAAUAAACGUGUACUUUCAAAUUUCAGUAAAUGAAGCUCCAGAAAUCUGCGAACACCUGAUAGUGAGGCAUCACUGGAAACACAAAGCAAAACUGAACCUCUCCUGCGGAAGGACUGAAGGGAAGAUUGUUUGGCAGCAACUGGGAUAUAAAGGCUCCCCCCACCCUUGCAUUAAACAUUCUUUCAAUGUUUUUAAUAUAUUUGAAGAAUUAAGAAAUGGGGAAGACCACACACACAUCACUGUAAGAAUCUUACGUAGUAGUUAGUAACUAAGCCAAUGAUGGAACCAAGGUUUGUGAGGAGAGAGAGUAUUUUUGUAUUGGACCUUCUCAUGCUGUUGGGAAACAUAAAAGACAAGCUUUCAGGCUUCAGGUAGCCUUCACCAGGUCCCUAUAAUGUGCAUCACUGAGUUGGCUGCAUUUAAUACCAGUCAUUCAAGGCUGUUAAUUUAUUGACAUUUUUGAACUGUACCACUUACAUUUAAUAUUUGGCAUGGGCUUGGGACUCUGGGGAGGCAGAGAACUAAAAGGUUGUUGGAAAGCAUCUAUAUUCUUGCUUUAUCUGACAGGAAAUGAUCAAUCCAUCUGCCUAUUGAUUGAUGGGUCAAAUCAGACCAUGAAUUAAGUCAAACUGGUUGCACAAGGGGGAGAGUGCUUAAUGGAGCACAGGAUUUGACCCUCAAAUUUGUCUCUAGUAAAAUAAUGCAAUACACAUUAAAAAAGAAACGUAUCAGAAUGAUGCAACAACUAGCUUUGUUUCAAUAAAACUAGCACCAGGUUACCCUGA